UUUUCCAGGUAUGGAUCUUCGGCGACGUGUGGUGUUCAGUAUGGCUGGCAGUAGACGUCUGGAUGUGCACGGCAUCCAUCCUGAACCUCUGUGCCAUCUCCCUGGACCGCUACGUAGCCGUCACAAGACCCGUCAGUUACCCUAGCAUCAUGAGUAGAAAAAGGGCUAAGGCUCUUAUAGCUGGUCUCUGGGUGCUGUCUUUUGUCAUCUGUUUCCCGCCGCUGGUCGGUUGGAAGGACAAAAAGCCUGAAGAAGCAGACAUAAAAGACGGUUGGGUGCCCAACCCCCCUUGUGAAUGGACCUGUGAGCUGACCAACGAUGCUGGCUACGUCGUCUACUCAGCUCUCGGUUCCUUCUACAUCCCCAUGUUCGUGAUGCUGUUCUUCUAUUGGAGGAUAUACAAAGCCGCUGUUAGAACUACCAAAGCUAUUAAUCAGGGUUUUAGAACUACAAAAGCCUGCUCUCAAUUUGCAGGCAAAGGCAUGGGCAGUCGGUUCGAUGACAACCGACUGACGCUUCGGAUACAUCGAGGCAGAGGAUCCAAUCGACCUCACGGGUCUCCGUUGUCGAAUGCUUCCAAUCAUUCUACCAGCACCUCGCUUAGUGCUUCUCCGGAACGGUUAAGAAGACACUCAAGCGCCCGACGAGCUCAUGAGAAGGUGAAAAUCUCCGUAUCCUAUCCCUCAUCAGAACAAAUAUGUCCAGCUCACGAGAACUCCAUGUCUUCAAGUAGAUCUCCCAGUCCAUCUUUAUACGCAGUCCAUUAUGAACGAGAUGGAAGGGAACUGACAGAAAGUAGACUAAGGGUUCGACCUUCACACCAUUUGGCUCCAGGACCCCUGUAUGAUGAAUAUGAUGAUAAGCCUAGGACUACUAGGAGGAUGGGAAAGAGGAAUAUUAAAGCUCAGGUAAAACGCUUCCGUAUGGAAACCAAGGCAGCCAAGACCCUCGGCAUCAUAGUCGGAGGCUUCGUGUUCUGCUGGCUUCCCUUCUUCAGCGUCUACGUCGUGAGGGCGUUCUGUGGGGACUGUGUCAGCCCCAUCGUCUUCUCCGUGCUGUUUUGGCUGGGGUACUGCAAUUCUGCCAUCAACCCCUUGAUUUAUGCGCUGUUCUCUAAGGACUUUAGAUUCGCAUUCAAACGCAUAAUAUGCAAGUGCUUCUGCGGCGGCGGUGGCCCUAGAAGAGAGUCGGACGGCGAAGGUUCUAGAAAGCAGAAUAAUAGGCCAACUCACUCCCACUCAUUGGAAGAACAUGACGCGAACAACCACACCUCCACCACGACCAGCACGAGUGCUGCAGACAGGUGA